CGCAGUAGGUUGUGAGGUGGAGGCCAAGUUUGGAGUGAAGGUGUAUAGGAAUGGAGGCAAGGGGGUCCCAGGAGCCCACGGGGGCCCUCAGAAGGUGGGGGCCCAUUUGGUGGCAUAUAUGAACGAAUUUAGUGGAGAUUGUGAUCUGUGUUUGGAGGGUGGAAGCAAGCUGUAUCGGUCAGAAUAACGUGGCCUACAAGUCCCGUGAUGUUUCCAUUCCCUCGCAAAAGGAGAAGGAAAGAGGACGUAUCUCCCACUGAACCAGUAGCCCCCCCACCAAUAUUAUUUCCUGAUAUCUGUAUUUUCUUGGUGGAGCGAAAAAUGGGGGCUGCACGAAGAGGCUUCCUCACAUCACUGGCACAGAAGAGAGGGUUUAGUGUGGCACAGGAUUACAGCGGCACUGUGACGCAUGUAGUGUCAGAACAGAAUACUUUCACGGACGUCCUCAGCUGGAUGGAAAGGAAAACUGGGAAGCCAGUGCAGAGUGCUGAAGAUCAAGGGUCACCACAUAUCUUGGACAUCAGCUGGUUCACAGAGAGCAUGAGUUCAGGAAAACCUGUGCCAGUGGAGGCCAGACACCGUCUAGGGGUUUUAGGAUCUCAGGUUUCCAAAGACAAGGAUGCACUUUCUACCGUAGCACCGUAUGCCUGCCAACGGCGAACACCAUUAAUCCAUCAUAAUUCAGAGAUUACAGACGCCCUGGAAAUAUUGGGAAAAGCAGCUUCUUUUCAGGGCUCUGAAGUCCGAAGUCUGGCUUUCGCAAGAGCGGCAUCUGUGCUCAAGUCUCUGCCAUGCAAACUACAGUCCAUUGAAGAAGCAAAAAACCUGGUCUGGUGUGGGGGGCACUGCCAGACUGUCAUCCAGGAAAUCCUGGAGGAUGGGGUAUGCCAUGAAGUGGAGGUGCUUAAAAACAGUGAACAGUACCAGUGUAUGGAGCUCCUCACAAGUAUUUUUGGUGUUGGUGUGCGCACAGCAGAACGUUGGUACAGUGAUGGUGUGCGGAAACUAAGUGACUUGGAGGACCCUAAUAUUAAAUUGACUGCGGAGCAGAAAGCAGGGAUAGAGCACUACACGGAUCUAAAGCAGCCGGUGACCCGUGACGAGGCCGAACGUGUGGAGAGCUUGAUAACAAGGGCACUGGACAGAUUUGUCCCCGGCCUCAGGAUUACAAUGACUGGUGGAUUUCGCAGGGGGAAGCAACAAGGGCAUGAUGUGGACUUCCUCAUAACACACCCUGAUGAAGAAGCACUAAACGGGCUGCUGAAAAAAGCUGUAAACUGGAUGGAUAGCCAGGGCUUAUUGUUGUACCACCAUACAAAGGCGCGCUCUCAUGUGCAGACUCGCAGACGCAGCACACACAUGGAUGGGCAUGAAACCUGUUAUGCUAUAUUCGCUCUUCCAAACCGUGACUCUUCAAAGGCUGAGUCGGGUGAUUUCACAUCCUCAGGCCCUUGCACGUGGAGAGCAGUCAGAGUGGAUUUAGUAGUCGUUCCAUAUGAAGAAUACCCUUAUGCCCUUCUGGGCUGGACAGGAUCAAAGCAUUUUGAAAGAGAACUGCGUCGCUUUUCUUGGCAUGAGAAGAAUCUGUCGUUAAACAGUCACGGGCUUUAUAAUACAGAGAAGGAAUGCUCCAUCCCAGCAACCUCUGAGGAAGAGAUAUUUGCACUUCUGGGUCUACAGUACGUGCCUCCCCCAUACAGAAAUGCCUGACCGUCACUGUCAAGAUUGUAGCAGAAUUUCUCCUUAUCCAGGACAAGGACUUGGUUUGGCUGGUGAUCAGUAUGGUGGGACAGUCCUGCUGGAUGCUGGCGUCCACACGUUCUGAGCUCUGAUUACCCUUGAAAAGACCCUGCACGAGGUGUGCCGCUCCAGAUCACCACAGGAGUCCAGCGCUGACAGAAUGGGGAGAGCUCCGAUCCCAGCCGUUCAAACUCCUAAGAUGCUGUGGUCAAUAUCAACCGUGGCAUCUGGGCAGAUGAGAUGCUCCCUGUUACCAUCAGCCGCUGCGAACACCAUCGCGGGGCGGCGAUGCGCUGCCAUGGCAACCAGGAAGGUAACAAAGGCCGCCACGACCGUGUGUAUUACACUGCCUACCGCUUAUACAGGGAGUCUCUGCUGCAUUAUAAAACUGAUGUCCCCCUAAUGA